UCCAAAAUAAAUAAAGAACUCAAGAAACUAGAUAUUAGAAACCAAUAGUCCAAUUUAAAAAUGAGAGUACAGAUCUAAACAGAAUUCUCAGUAGGGGAAUCUCAGCAUGGCUGAGAAAUGCUUAAAGAAAUGUUCAACAUCCUUAGCCAUCAGGGAAAUGCAAAUCUAAACUACUUUGAGAUUCCAUCUUAACACCUGUCAGAAUGGCCAAGAUCUAUAACAAAGUUGAUAGCUCAUACUGGUGAGGAUGUAGAGCAAGAGGAACACUUACCUGGUUUGCUGGUGGGAAGACGAACAUGUACAGCCACUAUGGAAAUCAAUAUGGUGGUUCCUCAGAAUUAUGGGAAUCUGUUUAUCUCAAGAUCCAGCUAUACCACUCUUGGGUGUAUACCCAAAGGACUCUACAUCCUACUACGAUGGUUUGGUUCCUUAACACCAGUCUUUCUGGGGACGCUGUAUGUGACAGUUUUGGUAGCUUCAUAUAAUCAGCAGAAUGGAUGUUUGUUUGUUUAAAAGUGAUAGGAACAAAUUACUUACGAUGUUGAAAAGCCAGGAUUAGCUGGGUGUUGUAGCAUGUGCCUUCAAUUAGCAGGUAAGAGGGCUGUUACAGGUGUAAGACUAGCUUGUCCUACCAUUCAGUUUCCAGGCAAGCCACAGUGAUGCGGUAAAAACCCGCAGAAGUACUCCCUCUCUGGCCCCUGCUUGCAACUUCAGAUGUGAGUUCUCAGUUGUUCGUGCCGCACGUCUUUAUUUCACCACCAAGACCACCGCCAUAACCCUCUGAAACCAUAAGCCAAACUGGAGGCUUCCUUCUGUAAGCUUCCUUGGUCAUGGUGUUUUAUCACAGCAAUAGGAAAGUAACUAGGACCCCCCCCCCCCCCCAGUCUGAAAACCAGGCUCGGUGAUUUUGAAUACAGACUUAAUGAAAGUAAAUUUUCAGUUAGCAUUCCACUGCAGUUCCGACUUUUAUUGCCACGCCACCAAAGCACAUUUACAAUAACCUGAAAAUGUCCUGGAGACUGCCUCCACUGUCCACUAGUUAAAAUGAAUUCUUUAACGAAAGCACACUUAAAAUGUGGUUAGCCCACUAAUGCUUCCUUCUUUAGCUGUCCAGAUCCUGACCUCUGGCCCCUGUGAAUGUAUGGUAAGCGAUCUUUCGGCUCUGAUCACAUUUAGGACCUCGAGAUAACAGGGUCAUCCUGGCUCAUGUGGAGGUGCCUGGUAUAGACACAGAGGUCCACAGAGAGAGGCUAAAGAUGAGAGGAAAGAGCGGCUCCUCCACAGAAGCAGAGGCCGUGAGUCUUAGGAAGAUGUACGGCUGUUAAAGCUGGAAAAGACAGGAAACCGAGUCUCCCUUGGAUUCUGAUCUCCAGAAAUUCAAUAGGAUAAAUUUGUAUUACAGGUAAGUCAUGAAGACUGUGUCCACUUGUUACAGCGGCAAGAGGACAGUCAGGGCAGUGGACGGCAGGUCCUUCUGCUCUCAGCUGUCAUUAUUUCAGGUUGCUUUUAUGAGCAAAGCUGGUCCUCCCUAGCAACAGUUGUUAAGUAAGUUGACAACUUAAUGCUGGACCCUGGGAGGGAGAAACUGCUCAUCUCUUGCCAAAUCCAGUGUCUACAUCUUGUAUGGCAGAGGCUCCUGGUAUAUCAUUCCUUAGACAUAUGGCCACUGCCUAAUCAUGAUUUGUUUAGUCCUUGCCAGCCUCUAGAAGAAUCUUAAAACCCUGGCCCUCUUCCAGCUUUCUUAGACUUGUAGCUUCUCUUGAAACUACCUUUUUUUUUUCUGAUCCUGAUAUUAUUUUAACUAUAAGAAGUAAAAAAAAAAAUCAGAAAUUUAACUAUGAUCAGGAAUCACGAUUAUACUAAUUUUGUUUGCUGUGCUGUUUGCAACAAAGUAAUCCCACCAGCCCCUUUCAAAAAAACCUUCCAACGGAUCCAUGAAUACAAGCCAUUUAAGACACGCUUUUACACUCACAAAGAUAUACUGGAUAUUGGGUCAAGUAUCCUGAACCAAGAAGAGCAGUAUCAAGAGGCUGUGCUCAAGGAAAGCAUUGAAAAAGCAGAAGCUAAAGUGUGGGAGCAGGCUAAAGAACUCCAGCAACAAGCAGUGGAGAAGGCACUCCUGGACGCACACGCCAGACACAAGUGUGAAAUGCAGAUGCUGGAAGAACAGCACCAAAGAGACUUAAAGGCUGUAGAAGCAAAAACCAAGAAGGAGAUGAUUCAAAACAUGGAUGAGGAGCUGAAGAGAGAGCACUCAGCCGCAGAACAACGCAUGGUCCAUAGGAUCCAGAGGAUUAUGAUGGAGUGCCACAGAGAGAAGUUAGAGGCAGUGAAGAAAGCCAGGGAAGAAGAAAGAGAGAUUGCCCAGAAAGCUGUCCAGGAGCAGAAAAGCAAGACCAGGGAGGAACUUGUGAAUACUGGCGUGACAGCCCCUAAAGAUCAGAAGACAAGCUUGGGCCAGCUGAUAAGAGCAAAGGAGCAGGAAAUGAACGCCUACUAUGGCCUGGCUCAGAGGCAGAAGCAAGAAGAGGUGCAGGAAGUGCUCCAAGAAGCGGAAAAAACCCACCAGGCCACGCUGGACCACGUGAUGGGUAAACUGGCCAACACCCAGGGGGAGCUGAUAUCUGUGGCAAAGCAGCUGGGAAUCAUGACAAACUGGAAAGAUUUCCUGGAGGAGGAAUUACAGGAAACCAGGGCAGCAUUUCAGAAGUACAUCAAUUCCACCUUCCCCAAGCUCUCCCCAGGACAUGCCGACUUUAUCCUGCCGGAAAGAAAGAAAACUCCUUCCUGUCCUACUAAGGACAAAGAAAAGAAAGCUGAGGAACCCAACACCCUUCUGCUCAAGGCUCCACCCCAGCGGCCCCGCCCCAGCAGCCCAUCCUGGUUUCCGCCCGCCCCGCCCUCUAGCCCCACCUCCGGGGCCCGGCCCCGCCCCCCAGUUUCGGGCGUCGCGUUCGGUUUCCGUGGUUACGCCUCCGCUGCUUGGGCUCUGGGGCUGGCCGGGAGAGCCGCGGCCGGCUGGCGUUCGGGCCGAGGCCGGCGCCCUGAGAACUCCGGGCCCUUAAAGGCGGGUGUACCCGGAGAGGAGACAGACGUCCGACCGCUGCGAAGCUGGUGCCGGUGGUCGGUAACUGACAGGGCUGGGUGGCGGGCUCCAGCUCUGCGCAAGCGCGCGGGAUCUGCAGGUCUUAGACACACCCACAGAGACGCUCUCUGGCGCGACGCUUGGGUACCACAGUGUACUCAUAAGUUCAGGAGAAGGUGA